AUAAGAUAAUAUGCUCUGAGAUCAGAACCACAUUCCCUUCCUGCUUUCAGUCUCGUGCUUACUCUCAGAACUCUACUCUUAGAACAGAAGAAGCCCAGCCUAGUGUCAGGUGCCACGGAUUUGAUAAUUCAGAGUCAGGGCCUCACUCAGCCUCGGAAACUGUGGAAUUACUCGUGGACCUCUCCCUCGAUGGAACCUUGAGAACACAGCAAUUUGUUUCCUUUCUUCAGAGUAAACUCAGGCAGAGCUUUGGGUCUUUGCACCUCUGCUGCAGAGAUUUGGAAAUUGUUGACAUGUCUGCCCACAGAAGUAUGCUGCAGUUUCUGGAUCCACAAUGCAUUGACUACCUGCAGGUGGAUCAGGCUCAUUUGAGGGAUGUCAACACUCUUCUGGCUCAGACGGCCCACCUGUACGGCCUUCGUCUGUCUAACAUCCGCUUUAGAUGUUUUCUGGGGAUACACUUCCAAACUUUUCUCCACUGUCUUGGGAAGCUGGACAGCCUCCAAGAGCUCGACUUGUCUACCCAGUACCUCAGAGAUCAAUUGCACAGACUUCUCAGAGUGCUGCCACCUCAGCUGAAGACACUGAAUCUGUCUUUCUGUGGCCUGUCUAUCGAAGAUGUCACCGUCCUUUCUCAGAGCUCUCAGGCCACCCACCUAAGUCAGUUGAAUCUCAGUCACAACCAGAUAUUCCCAGAGGCUCAUGAGCCCUUCCAGACUCUGCUAGAGAGGGCCUCAGGUACCCUGCAGCAUCUGGAAAUAAAUAAUUGCCUAUUAACUGAUUCUACUCUCUCUGCUCUCCUGCCAGCUCUGAGCCACUGUUCGUGCCUCCGCGUCCUUAGCUUUGCCUUCAACCGCAUUACAAUGCCUGUGCUCACGAACCUUCUGCAGCACCUAACAUCCUUGAUGGAGCUGAAGCAUGUGAUUUAUCCCAUCCCUCUCCAUUGCUACAGAGAAUGGGAUGUUCCUGGCAGUUUGAACCGACGGCAGUUGGCUGAAGUGCAGGACCGAUUGAAGGCAAUGCUGCAGGCAGUACAGCGGGACGACAUGAUUUGGAGUACUCGUUCUGCGUGAUUCCCGUAGUACAAGGAGUCUUGUCAGCACUGAUGUGUGGCCACAAAAGCGCUCAGUGUUUUGCUUGAAGGCCUAAUUUGUAGAGACACAUGUAUAAUUGUACUGUUUGGGAAAAGGACGGUCAGGGAGAUUGGCUGUGUCCUUGACCUCUGUGAAAGAGGAACUCUAAGAAGGAAGGAGAGGAAUUUGGAAGCUCCUGUGGAUCUGUUGCCCAUUGCCCUCUACAUCCUCUUCUGCUUGCUAAGUACAGUGUUGGUUACAUGAUGGGAGCACUCUCCCAGUUAUGUCCCAUCACUUCCCUGUGCACACGGGUGGGUCCAUUUAUCCUCAUAGGCCCUUGGCAUGAGUCUGAUGAACUGAAACUUUCCCUGGCUGUGGUAGUUGUUGAAGCCAAUAAUUUCACUCUCGAGGGCCCUGAAUACUUCUUGUAUGUAUGAUUGCCUUAGGUUGCUUAUGAGAAACCCUAUGCAAGGGGAAGGAAACAAACAAACUACCCCCACUGUCUGCUGGUGUCUUUGUCAUGUUGCUAGCUGCCUCUGCAGGUCUCAGACCCCUGGCUCAGUUACUUUUACUUCACAUGCAC